CCCGGGGGGUGGGGCAGGGGUGCUGAGGAUGGUGUUGAUGUCCUGGUCCCAUUUUCCCCCUCACGUCCCCUCACCCCAUCACCCGUUUUUGGGGGGUGACCCCUGUCCCUGCAGGUCCCAGCCCUUCCUGUGCCCCCCGAGGGGAGCCCUGAGGGCCCCGCACGCCCCCCGAGAUGAGCAACAAGGACCCCCCCGAGGUCUCUGAGAGGAGCCACCUGAAGGUUUUCCUGCCCCGGAAGCUGGUGGAGUGUUUGCCCAAAUGCCCCGUCCUGCCCAAGGAGCAGCUGCGCUGGAACACCAACGAGGAAAUCGCCUCGUACCUCAUCACCUUCGAGAAACACGACGAGUGGCUCUCGUGCUCCCCCAAAACCAGGCCGCAGAAUGGGUCGGUGAUCCUCUACAACCGGAAGAAGGUGAAGUACCGCAAGGACGGGUAUUGCUGGAAGAAGCGCAAGGAUGGGAAGACGACACGUGAGGACCACAUGAAGCUGAAGGUGCAGGGGGUGGAGUGCCUCUACGGCUGCUACGUCCACUCCUCCAUCGUGCCCACCUUCCACCGCCGCUGCUACUGGCUGCUGCAGAACCCCGACAUCGUCCUGGUUCACUACCUGAACGUGCCGGCCAUGGAGGAGUGCGGCCGCCCCUGCGCCCCCCCCCUCUGCAGCCCCCCCCUGUGCACCCCCCCGAUCUGCGCCGCCACCGCCGACCCCCGAGAGUGGCUCAAGUGGUCCCAGGAGGAGCUGGUGGCCCAGCUGCGCCCCAUGUUUCACGGGGUGAAGUGGGGCUGCGGGAAUGGGGGGGCCCCCCCCGGGCUGUCCCUGGAGCAGCUGGUGCAGCACGUCCUGGAGCGGCACCAGGCCCGGCCACCCCCCCGCACCCACGCCUGCCUCUGCGCCGGGGGGCUGGGCACCCCUGGCCACAAGUGCGGCAGCACCAAGCACCGCAUCAUCUCCCCCAAAGUGGAGCGGGGGGGCGGGGGGGGCGUGCCGGGGGACGCCCCCAAACCCGCCCCCUCCUCCCCCGACACCACCCAGCCCUCCCCCGGCCUGGGCGGGGGCGCGGCGGCCCCCGAGGGGCCCCGUGGUGGCCCCGCGUUCCCCCUGCCCCUGCUGGUGGUGAGCAGCCUGGGGGGGGGCGCGGCGCCGGGGGGGCCCGAGCAGCCGCUGGGCCUGACCCCCAGCCAGCACCUGGUGACCCCCGAGGGCACCUGCCCCACGGCGCCGCCCCCCCCCGCCGCCUUCGACCCUGACUGCUUCCUCAACAGCCCCCGCCGCGGGCAGACCUACGGCUGCGAGGCCGAGGCCCCCCCCGGCGCGCCCCCCCCGCCCCCCGCCGUGCCCCCAAAACCGGGGGGCGAGGAGGAGGAGGAGGAGGGAAAACCGGGGGUGGCCCUCCAGGACCCCCCUUGCGAGCUCAACGUGGCCCCCCCACAGCACCCCUUCCCCCUGCCCUUCCCUGAGCUGCUGGGGGGGGAUGCCGGGGUCCCCCCAAACCCGCGCGGGGUCCCCCCCGACCCCCACGAGCCGCCCCCCACGCCCCACCCUCCUCCUUCCCCCCCGGCCCCUCUCACCGACCCCCCCGUGGCCAUCACCGACUUCUCCCCAGAGUGGUCCUACCCCGAGGGCGGGGUGAAGGUGCUGAUCACGGGCCCGUGGGGGGACCCCGGCGCCUACUCCUGCCUCUUCGACCGCACCUCGGUCCCGGCCGCGCUGGUCCAGCCGGGCGUCCUGCGCUGCUACUGCCCCCCCCACGAGGCCGGCGUGGCCGCCCUGCGCGUGGCCUGUCCCCCCCGGCUGCUCACGGCCGCCGCCCCCUUCGAGUACCGGGCACGGGGGGCCGUGAGGGGCCCCCCCGGGACACAGAUGGACUGGCUGGCGCUGGAUGAGACCCAGUUCCGUCUGUCCAUCCUGGAGCGCCUGGAGCAGCUGGAGACACGGCUGGGGGCCCUGCCCCCCCCCGCACCCCUCCCCUCCCCACGGGGGGCCCCCUCCGAUCCCCCCCCGGAGCAGGGGCCGGGCUCGUCCUUCGAGGCGCGGGUGGUGGCCGUCUGCGAGGCCAUGAUGGCGCGGCCGGGCUGGCCGGGGACGUCGCCGGGGCCGUCGGCGCUGGCCCACGGGGCCACGUUCCGCGGGAUGACGCUGCUGCACUUGGCGGCCGCCCAGGGCUACGCCGGCCUGGUGGAGGCACUGCGGCGCUGGAGGGCGCUGGCAGUCGACAGCCUGGAGCUGGAGCAGGAGAUUGACCCUCUCAACGUGGACCAUUUCUCCUGCACCCCACUGAUGUGGGCGUGUGCCCUGGGGCACCGGGAGGCGGCAGAGCGGCUGUGCCGCUGGGACCGGCGGGCACUGGCCGUCCCUGACACCCUGGGGCGGCUGCCGCUGGCCCUGGCACGUGCCCGUGGCCACCUGGCCCUGGUCACCCGCCUGGAGGAGCUGCAGAUGUCACCGGUGUCCCCACGCUGUCACCUGCCCGGCCUGCGUGUCCCCUCCCCGCUCUCAGCCAGCCCUGACACAGGGCUGAGCACGGCCAGCAGCCUGUCGUCCCCAUCGGGACUCUCGGAGGGUCCCAGCUCCGUCCCGCUGCCCCCCGGCCCCCUCGGCCCCCCCGAGGACGAGAGCUGGGGGGUGGCCGUGCCCCCCAGCCCCCCCGAGGACGCCCUGGCCGCACCCACUGACAUCCUGCAGGCCGAGGUGGUGACACUGGCGCGACAGAUCAUCGAGGCCACCCCCGAGCGCAUCAAGCAGGAGGCGCCGGGGGGGCCGCCGGGGGCACUGGGAGCACUGGGAGCGGCGGGGGGGCCGGCGGGGGGGCCGGCAGGGACCCCAGGGACCCCUGGGGGGCUCAGCGCUGCCAUGGCCUGGCUCGCCACGUACCUGGAGAGCGUUGAUCGUCCCCCGGCGCCCCCCCACAGGUACCCCCGUGGGUGGGGAGGUGUCCCUGGGACUUGUGGCACCCUGAUAUCCCCACGAGGGGGGGUCUUCUGCGUCCUGGAGCACCCCAGUAUCAGUGGGGGGUCACCCACAUCCAGCAGCACCCCAGGAUGCUCUGGGAGGAACCUCUCAUGGCCUGGGACACCCCAGUAUUCCAUUGGGAGGGUCCCCUGGGCCUUUGGACACCCCAGUGUCCUCAUGGGGGGGGUCCCUUACAUCCUGUGACAUCCCAGUGUCCCCAUGGUGGGGGGGUGUCUCCCACAU